AUGAUCAUCAAUGUCGUUGACGUACCGCCUAUACCGAUCAAAGUUGAGGGCGAAGUACUGAAAACAGAACCUCCGAAAGACAAAUGGCAUGCACUUCGGAUUAUUCUAAUUAUUCAAGGGUUAGCAACGCUGAUGCCAUGGAAUAUGUUCAUCAAUGCUCAAUCGUAUUUCCAAGACUACAAACUGGCGACCACAAAUGGGACAGAUGUCAUGAUAAAGCAUUAUCAUGAUAAUUUUAUGAGUUACGUCACCAUCUGCUCCAUGAUUCCAAGUGUAUCCUUUUCAGCCAUUAACACAUUCGUCACGCGCAAAAGCAUGGCUUCACCAAUGCGAAUGGUCGCCGCUAAGAUUCUUAUGAUUGCAUUGCUUGCAGUCACAAUUAUUCUCGCUGCCCUCGAUACAAGUGAAUAUAUGGAAGUAUUCUUCAUCAUCACAAUGUUGACCAUUGUGCUCAUUAACUCGGCGUCGUCUAUUUUCCAAAAUAGCCUGUUUGGCAUAAGUUCAAUCUUACCAAGACAAUAUAUUACGGCCGUGAUAUUCGGAUCGAAUUUUGCCGGAAUCUUAACGUCAGUAGCAUCCAUUAUCAGCAUCGCAAUUUCUUCCAACGCUCGUACCUCGGCGUUCUUCUAUUUCUCCACGGCCAUUUUUAUGCUGAUCAUUGCCUUGAUUACAAACCGAAUAUUUCAGAAAUUGCCUUUGUACCUAUAUCACAAAUCACAGGUGUUGAAGAAAUCAGGCCACACUGAAAAAAAAUUCCGACCACCAUUUUGGAAAAUAUUUAAGAAGAUUUGGGUCAUGUGCUUUAAUCUAUGGUUCAUAUAUACAGUGACCAUCUUAAAUUUCCCCAAUGUUGCAAGCCAAGUGAAAAGGAUUAACUUUCCACUUAAAGGUAAGUCGACAUUUCCAUCACUCUUUUUCUUCUUCAAUAUUUGA